AUGACAAUUAUACAUAAAAUAGUAAAAAGUAUUUAUCCGACAUGUCUUCGACAAAAACCGCAAAUAAUAUUUUCUCAAAUUUCGGUAAAUUUAAUAAGCAAUAAAUUUCGUUUAUUAUCAACAUCACAAAUUUCCAAUUUCAAGAAAUCUUCAAAUCAUAAACCACGCGAUGAAGAAAUUAAAUCACAAUACGUUAGUUAUGUUGAUUUAGAAGGUCAAAUAAAAGGAACAUUUCCAUUAAAAAAAAUUUUAUCUGAAAUUGAUAGGACCAAAUAUUGGUUGGUUCAAGUUUCACCAGUUCAAGAAACAUCAUCUCCAUCGAAAAGUUCUUCUCAGCAACUCUCCAAAGGACAACAACAAAAGGAAUUACCAAUAUGUAGAUUAAUUUCUAAACAAGAAUUAUAUGAAAAACAAAAGAAGCAGAAAAAAUCUAUAAUUUUAAAAAAGGAAUUACUAUUAACAUGGAAAGUAUCACCAAAUGAUCUUACACAUAAAUUGUCUAGAGCAAAGGAAUGGUUAGAAAAAGGCUAUCAACUUCAAGUUGUUAUCAGUAACAGAGGCGUUAAAAAGAAUCAAUCUAGUCUAGAUAAAGGUCUUUUGGAUAGAAUCGUUAAAGAAUUAACUGAAUUUACCAAAGAUAUUAAAGAACCUAUAUGGACUAAUGGUAGUGUAAUGGUAGAAAUGCAAGGUAAAAUUAAUCUUCACAAAGAUUCUCCUGCCGAUGCUGAAUCAAAUGAAAUUUGA